AUGGGAAAGAAUGGACGAGUCGCCAGGCAAUGCUGGUUCUGGCACUCCGGAAAGUGUUUUCGCGGUAUGGAAUGCUGCUAUCUGCAUGAAGGCCCAUCUCCCAAAACUUCACAACAGAGACGAAGCUCGCAGCCUCAGCCUUGGUCUGCCAUCUCUUCGGUCAAGGACCAUGCAGUUGGAACCUUCGGUGGCAAUGCAGUGGGUGCGAAAGGAACCAAGCGGAAGGCGCAGGCGCCACUCGAGGCUGUCACUGGCGAGAUCGAUGUCAUCAGCGACAUCGAGAUCGACAGCGGUGCUGCAUUUCGUGAACAAGCCCCAGCGCCACCAACGACCUCCGGAGGACCUCUGCUGGCCAUCGAGGAUGCGCCAACUCAGCAAGAGCCGGCUCCACCGGGAUUUUUCCUGCACUCGGUCAUGGCACCGGCACCAGAAACACCUCAUGAGCUCCUGGUGCCAGUCUCACCUUUGAUGUCGCCGCCUUUGCCUUACGCCACUUGCACGACCGGAUUCGGAGAGUCACAAAGCGGAAGAGCACGAGAGGACCUCGGCACCAGGCUAACGCAGAUCUCCGGAGGACCUCUGCUGGCCAUCGAGGAUGAGCCAACUCGGCAAGAGCCGGCGCCAGCGGGAUUUUUCCUGCACUCGGUCAUGGCACCGGCACCAAACCGCCCUCACGAGCUCCUGGUGCCACGCGCGCCUUUGAUGUUGCCGCCUUUGCCUGGCGAAUCCGAGAAAGAAGGCUUCGGAGAGUCACAAAGCGGAAGAGCACAAGAGGAGCUGGCCAAGGAAACUGAGCAACGGCGGGCGAAGCAAGCAGCUGCAGCCGAGGCGGCCAGGAAGGCGGAAGAAGAGUGGCUGGCCAAGGAAACUGAGCAACGGCGGGCGAAGCAAGCAGCUGCAGCGGUGGCCAAGAAGGCGGAAGAAGAGCGGCUGGCCAAGGAAACUGAGCAACGGCGGGCGAAGCAAGCAGCUGCAGCCGAGGCGGCCAGGAAGGCGGAAGAAGAGCGGCUGGCCAAUGAAGCUGAGCAACGGCGGGCGAAGCAAGCAGCUGCAGCGGUGGCCAAGAAGGCGGAAGAAGAGCGGCUGGCCAAGGAAACUGAGCAACGGCGGGCGAAGCAAGCAGCUGCAGCCGAGGCGGCCAGGAAGGCGGAAGAAGAGCGGCUGGCCAAUGAAGCUGAGCAACGGCGCGCCAAGCAAGCAGCUGCAGCCGAGGCGGCCAAGAAGGCGGAAGAAGAGCGGCUGGCCAAGGAAACUGAGCAACGGCGGGCGAAGCAAGCAGCUGCAGCCGAGGCGGCCAAGAAGGCGGAAGAAGAGCGGCUGGCCAAGGAAGCUGAGCAACGGCGAGGCAAGCAAGCAGCGGCAGCAGAGGCGGCCGGGAAUGCGCAUGAGGAGCGGGAAGAUAGAGAUACAGAGACAGAGAUGACUGCCGCUGAGGUUACAGAGGACGAAAGCAGUUGCGAAAGCAGCGGUGAUGAAGGGCUCCUCAUCAAAGCAGAAGCUUGCGACCUGAAAGAAGCCAGCAGACUGUGUUUCCUUUUACUACGCGCAGCUUCCGACAAGCUGAAGGAGAAUCCACGAAUUCAGCGUCCGUGGGCCGUGGCAGCUUGCCUUUUGGAUGCUCGCCUUGAGGAUGCAAAUCCCUCGUUGUUUUGGCGCUGUUUUCGACAUUUCUUUCCUCGUCCAGCCACUUCGAGCAGGUUUCCUCACGUGUCUUUAUGCGAGAUGCUGCUGAUCAAUUGGCGAAAUGACCUCCGCGCGCGCUGUAAGGUGCAGCACGGUCUCACGUGCCUCUACAUACCUAGCGACAUGUACGACGCAAAGCAGCCUCUGUCUUGA